CGAUCGGUGCAGUUUGCGCGGGUGCAAGGAUACCAUAUCCCAUAUAAUCGGUCAAGACAAAAGAGGGGAAAAAUUCUGGACACUGAUCAGGAUGCCUCGAAAACGACGCGCCUCGACGGCUUCGCUGCAGGACAUCGAGGACGAAGAUUUUUGUUCGGAAGAAAAGUACGGCGGAGGAAGCAGCAGGGAUCACAUUCAGGAUGCUAUGGAAGGCGUGAGAGCGCCGAGGAACGCGGCCAACGCAAGGGAACGGGCAAGGAUGCGAGUUCUCAGCAAGGCUUUUUGCAGACUGAAAACAACCCUUCCUUGGGUUCCGGCCGACACGAAACUCAGCAAACUGGACACCCUUAGGCUCGCCGCUACUUACAUCGCCCACCUUCGCGCUGUUCUUCGGGACGAGGGCGAAUCACAUCCGGAAACCACCAGAUCGCUGUCACUCGCAUUGUCGUGGCCUUUCGCAAUCCAAGGAACGGGGGCUCCGAUGUUGAUGAACAAUAACUGCACGUCAGGAUCAUCAUCGACUUCUUCAUCGCCAGGAGGGCAAUACCGAAACCAGCAAUCGCCGCUGGACGUUCAGCCAAACGUGCAUAAUCAUCACCAUCAUCAUAAUCACCAGCCCAUUCACGUUCGUCAUAAUCACGAACCACAGCUUCCUUACUAUUGAACUAGUUGAUAAGAUCGCUUUAUUUUGUUAAAAUCAAAGCAAAAACAGCAUUUCGUUUUAUUCGAUUUGUCACACAGUUCUGAUGAUGGAAUUUCUCUAAAUUAUUAUUGUGUGAAAAAAAGUAAAACAGAAUAUAAUGAGAAGACCCAGCCGAGAAAAAAAAAAAUUACGUCGUUCCAUUAAUGAAAAACUAUGACAGCAGAUGAUUUUUACUCCAUCGAUGUUUUCCUGGGUCAAUCGUAUCAUUGGUGGGCAUACAUAUAACGUUGCACUUAUUAGAUACUUUUUUAGUGUCACGAGAAUUUCGAGCACUUCUCGUAUUUAUCAAUUUGUUAAGCACUUAUUUUUCAACACACUUUCAUCAUGACAGAAGAAUUACCUAAGUUUCGUAUUAUUGCGGUGCGUAUAUUCUAAAUUUUCACGAAAACAAGGAAAUAGGAGUUUGGAUAGAUUUAAACAUAGUACCGUGACAAAAGUCUUUGGAAAUUUUUUGAAAUUGGUGGUAAAAUUCAAUUUCCAAUUUCAAAUGAUUGAAUGGAAAUUUUGAAAAAAUAAUUCUAAGCAAUAGUGAUAUCGUAGGUACAUCAUAUACAGUAAAAUUAGAGGCUUUCAGAGAUGAAAAUAUAUAGAUUCGUAAUUCAACGAAGUAAAUUUCGUAUAUGCGUAUAAAGAUUAUUAUUACUAUGACUAUUAUUAUUAUUAUUAUUAUUAUUAUUAUUAGUACGACUAAUUGACGUGAUGAAGAUUUUUACACUUAGAUUAUAUUUAUUCCAGCGUGCCUUAUUUAUUAAUGAAUAACUAUCGUUAUUAUUAAAGCUGUAAUUUUAAUAUUAUAUUUACGAAUGUAAAACCAAAGAAUGCCGCAGCUAGUCGAAUAAAAUAAACAAUUUAUAAAUAAUAAACUGUAAAUCCGUGGUAAGUAUAAUGCAAGCGUAACCUGAUUGAUUCGUUGCGUUUGAACUAAUCGUUCUGUAUCUACGCUAUUUGGAAAGCGAUGAAAAAGAAGGAGUAAAAGUCAUUACUACGGCAUGUAUCCGGAAGUGUGUAAGGGGAAAUUUGAGGGAGAAGGGAAGGGAAAAGAAGGGAGGAAAAUGAAAGUGAGGUCGGCGGCGAGGGACAAGAGAAGGAUGUAAUCUUGCGGAGGAUGAACGCGAGUCGGAUAGACGGACAAGUUAAAUAAACAGC